AAACCACGCCCAUAAAUGUAACCACGCCUAUAAACAAAAUGGCGUCUUUGAAUUAUUUAUCUCUUCUUCAAAACUCCCUACGCAGCCUCAGAAUUCAAAGAGAGGCUUGUAUAUCUUUGACGAAUACGUCCAUAUAUCGUUUUAAGUCCACCCUGUCCUCGGAUCAGCGUGAUCUGAUAGCCAACGGGCCCAGUCUUGAUGAUUUUGUGAGUGGUAACGCUCCCAGCACUCCAGAAGAGCUUAAGAGGAAAAAGAGACAGCGUCUCCCUUUACCAAACUGGCUGAGAACUGAAGUUCCCAAAGGAAAGAACUUUCAUCGCCUCAAGGAGGAUCUGCGUCGACUAAAGCUUCACACAGUAUGUGAAGAGGCUCGUUGUCCUAAUAUUGGAGAAUGUUGGGGAGGAGGGGAGCAUCAAACGGCCACAGCAACAAUAAUGGUACUUGGUGAUCAGUGCACUCGUGGGUGUAGGUUCUGUUCUGUAAAGACUUCAAAAGCUCCUCCUCCUCCUGAUCCAAAUGAACCGGUCAACACAGCAGCUGCCAUCGCCUCAUGGGGACUGGACUAUGUAGUACUGACUUCUGUUGAUAGAGACGACAUGCCUGAUGGAGGUGCAGAGCAUUUUGCUGAAACUGUUCGUCAAAUUAAAAAGAGAAACUCGUCAAUUCUAGUCGAGUGCCUCACUCCUGACUUCAGAGGUGAUUUGAAAGGAGUUGAAACUGUUGCUCUCUCUGGACUUGAUGUGUAUGCUCACAACAUUGAGACUGUACAGGAACUCCAAUGGUUGGUUCGUGAUCCUCGUGCUAACUACAAGCAGAGUCUUUCUGUCCUGGAACAUGCUAAGACUGUUAAGAGUGACCUCGUGACCAAGAGCUCUAUAAUGCUAGGAAUGGGUGAGACUGACUCUCAAGUACUCCAAGCACUAAAAGAUCUUCAAAGUUCUGGUGUUGAGUGUGUUACAUUAGGACAAUACAUGCAGCCAACGAAAUGGCAUUUGAAAGUAAAGGAGUAUGUGACGCCUGAAAAGUUUAAGUUCUGGGAGACGGUUGGUAACAAGAUGGGUUUCCUCUACACUGCCAGUGGUCCUCUGGUUAGGUCCUCUUAUAAAGCCGGAGAGUUCUUUCUAAAGACAGUACUGAGGGAGAGGCAAGGCAAAACAGCAGCUGAUAAUGUGCAGUGACUUUAAAUGAAAUAUUUUAUUUUUUAAUGCAAUCUGGUACACAGCAUUCUUUCUAUUUCAUUCAUAAUAAUUAUUAUUAUUAUUACUGGUUAUUCAAUGAUUGUAUCAUUAUUAUGCAUUGUAGUUAUGUGUACAUAGUAUUAUGUAUUAUUAUUAUUAUUAUUGUUAUUAUUAUUGUAUUAUUUAUUGUUAACUGCUGAUGUAUGUUAGCCUUUGAAUGGAA